UUAGUUCUCGGGACAGUCACUCCCCAGAGAAAUGCAGGAAGAGGACUCUCUCUCUAGAUCAAGAGCGUAGAUAGCUCAGUAGAGUUUCCUAAGAACAGCUGAUCCCACUGAACGGGAAUCUUUGUUCUGCUUUGGGUCGCUCACCAGCAUGGUCUGGAAUGAAACCGACUAAGAAGAGAGGCACGACCACUGAUUCAGGGCCAGAGAUGGAAGGUGACCUCUCCCGCACCUCGACCGAGGGACUGAGGAGCUGCGAGCCCCCGGAGGGAGGCAAUGCCAGCCUGGAAGGAGCGAUGGGGCCAGCCUGGGGUGCCACUCCAGACCACAGCGGAGGAGGGAUUACAGGCCUGGAGCAGCAGGGCUGCACUGGAAGUACAUCGUCUCCUGGACUCACAAGCACCGUGGUUGAGCCCAACCUCCCUGCACGUGAUGGGCAAGAACCCAAGUGCACUUCGGGAGUCACCAACACAAGCUUUGUUGGGGAUCCCCCACCCUAUUCUCCUCCAGACCCAAAGACUGCUCACUUGAUGUACCCACCUUUCCAGGCCAUCUCAGGACAAGUGCCCAUCAUGUACCAGCCAGGACCUUCGCAGCAGAAUUUUCCUCCUGGCUCCUUCCCAUACACUAUUUACAACGGGCUUCCUGCCAACAGGCUUCCAGGAGCGGCAGACAGGAGGCGCCCGCCCAAAGAUUAUAUGGUGGAGUCGGUGCUGGUGACGAUUUUCUGCUGCUUAUUGACAGGGGUGAUCGCCCUUGUCUACUCCCAUGAGACACGAGCAGCCCUGAACAGAGGAGACCUGAUCCAAGCCAAGUUAGCAUCCAAAAAAGCCCGAUCCCUGGUUCUCUUCAGCCUGCUCUUUGGAGUGUUCGUGUGCAUCAGCUGGGUCAUCUAUGUAGUGGUGGUCCUUUAUCUAUGAUAGAGCACCCCACAGACAACAGGCUGCAUCACGUUAACAGCUCACCACCACCGUCAGCAGCACCUGGGGCAGCAGGGCAAGCACCUAGUCGUGGGCUAAGAGAAGUGCCGUGAUACUGCAACAUGGCAUGGAAAUCAGAGGGUGUCUGAGCUGCCAUGUUUUCUGCCAUCAGAUACUGUGCAGCACAGGUGUAUGCUUGUCCAGCCCCUGGGAAUAUAUUUCAUUCUCUUCCUCGAGUGCAGCGAUUGCGGGGUAUUGUGCCAGGCCCAGCCAACCAGCAGCACCACUGCAACCACUUAGAUGCUGCCCCAAAGUCAGCACGGAAGCAACCCACCUGCCUCAUCCAGCCCCAGGGGACUGCGAGACAAGUGAGCAAGCUCCACAAGGCUGACCGCUGCGUUGCUUCAAUAACUUGGGGCAAUCCAAGAGCUGAACGUCAGCUCCACAAAACACUGCGUGUCCCAGGGCAUCUCCCAUGAUUUACCAACAUCCGCCGCCUCGUUCACAGCUAGUGGCCUCCAUUCCCAGAACAGCAUCUUGGUGGGAAGAAAACUUGCAACGUUGGCUGGCUGAAGGCAAGGAAGCUGCCAGCACAAGAACCCUCUCCCCUCUGCUAGGAUAUCCCAGUUUAGCUGGAAUUCCUUUGUGGCUUGUGCUGAACAAUGAUCUAUCUAGAAAAGGCAGAAUCACGUCAAUCAGUGGAAAAAAACAACCCAGACACCUGCAGGAGCUGUCAGAUGUUCCCCGAUGGCAACACAUUUUGUGAUUGUGUUUUAGGCACACAAAAUCUGGAGGUAUCACUCCAAUUCAUGGGACUUGAAUAAGAGGAAACACACCUUCCUGAUGGCCUGAAUAUCGCAAGUGUUUAACAUCCUGAAUCUAUGUUCGAAACGGCCAGCAAGGAAUGCAAAGGCUGUGUUAUUUCAGGAUUUCAUAGGAGCAAUUUAACCCGUUCUGGGGAUUGUGGCCCAAGAAAGCUCAAUAUGAAAACACAUUUUUUUUUUUUUUUAGAAACCCAUAUAUCCCCCAUUGCUUCUUCUAGAUUUCAAUAUAAAAACCAGGUUUGUUAAAACUGCACGUUUCCAUAUGUAACUAUACCCACAUAACAGACCCCCACCGACCCAUUUUAAAAUCAACCACUCUCUUAUGGGCAGGUCUUCCAUAAUCGUUCACUAUGGCAUUUCCUGUGUCUUCUCCUGAAGCGACUGGUUCUGGCCACUGUCAGAGACAAGAUCUUGACAAGAUGGACCUCGGGUCUGAUCCAGCCUAUACUCUUCAGCCCGAGAAGGGGGCCCUUUAGGCUGAGGCGGGAACACAUGGAUGGGGGCCCUCCCAGAGCUGGGGAUAUGCUGCCGGUCCCCAGAGCUGUCAAUCCCCUCGCCAUGUUCACAUGAAACAUUGUUUAAAUAAACUCCUUGCAUGUGACUUGUAGGAGGACGGAUGGCUCCUAGGGUGUGGGUAGGCCCGAGUGCAGGCUCGGGAUAAACAGCUGGCAGUAAGCCAGGGCCUAAACUCCGACUCACCCAUGCCGCCUGCUGCCCUGCCAGCCUUAAGGGGAAAAGCCUGUUUGUUAUUCUAAAUGACCACAUGCUCAGCUCCCUAAUGCAGGGGCCGAGUUUGCUCCCUCCCCUAGGGUCGCCUGGCUGUUUACUGAAGCGUCUGCACAUGGCGUGCGCAUGCAGAGGCAGAUGGACUGGCAGUGAGGUCUGUCCCCACACGUGCCUCCCAGUGAUUUGCCACUGUGUCAUCACAGAUGUCAAGAGACUGGAAUGAACCAGAGGGAUGCACGUUGGGCUGUCUGGUUUGGUGACCACGACUGAGCAUGAUGAAAAGAAACAGCAUCGGCCACUCAUUGGACUUUAUAGGCCUUAGCCCUUCUGCAAACUUCGACAGAACCUUCCUCCCGCAGCAUGACGGGCCCCAUCCACAGAGCCCCAUCCCAAACGCUGUAGUCUCAGGAUUUCUGCUGCUACAUUUGCACUUGUACUGCGUGACAGGGGUGUGAAUUCUGAUGGAAUAAGUGGGUCCAGAGAGUCAACGGUGUUAACAUGACCCUGACGCUGUACAACAUUAAACAGUUAAAUAUGG